AUGUUUCUCUUCAAGGCCCAGCUUGCUGCGACGAUCGUGGGACUUGUGUCUCGAGAGGUCCUUGCCUUCGGGCGAUCGAAUGACUUGCACCAUGUGCACGAAAGACUUCGCGAAAAACGCCUGCUUAUAAACAGCUUUUCAGAACCCAUAAGCGUAACUGGAGAGCAUGCAUUCCAACCACCUGGCGAGGGAGACCAACGGGGUCCUUGCCCAGGACUUAAUGCUCUGGCUAACCACGGAUACAUCCCUCGCAACGGGGUUGUGUCACUGCUGGGAGCAGUCGGUGCCAUGAAUGAUGUCUUCGGCAUCAGUCUUGAGCUCGCUGCGCUUCUGGCAGUCAUGGGCGUGGUUUGGACGGGCAAUCCUGUCUCGUUGGAUCCUUCAUUUUCCAUCGGCGGCAAUACCACGGAGGUGCAGAACUUGCUUGGGAACUUGCUGGGCCUUUUGGGUUUGUGCUGUCCAGCAAAUGUAUGCGAAAAGUGACGCUGGCUGACAGCUUCGUAGGCGAGCCUCGUGGCAUCGAUCACUCGCACAACUUCAUCGAAGCCGACUCCUCGCCAACGCGAGACGACCUUUAUGUAACAGGAGAUCCCGUCACGAUGAACCUGACAAAGUUCGAGACCCUUUACGAUCUGGUACCAGAGGGAACAAACCAAACUUUCACCCUGGAAGUCAUGUCGGACUUCGCAGCGAUCAGGUGGAAUGAGACGAUCCCCACUAAUCCGUACUUCUAUUAUGGCCCCAUUACUGGUUUGUUGGCUCGGAACACCGGGUACUGCUUCAUUGGUAAUCUCUUCGCCAAUUACUCCCUCGAGCAUCCGAACGGCGCGUUGAGUAAGUCGUCGGCUACAGCCAUCACUCGAAGGAAUUGACUGAUUGUCGUAUAGCCCAUGACAUUUUGAGGAGCUUCUUCGCCGUGACAGGAGAUCGCUCAAACUUCACAUACACCAAAGGCCAUGAGAGGAUUCCGGAAAACUGGUACAAGAGGACCGUCGACUACGGCCUGGUUGAGCUGAAUCUCGAUGUCGUGUAUUUCAUCACCCGGUACCCAGUCUUUGCCAGCGUCGGCGGGAAUACCGGAAAAGUAAAUACGUUCACGGGCGUUGAUCUGUCCGAUCCGGUAGGAGGGCUGCUGAAUGUGCCUAAUCUGCUCCAAGGCAAUAAUCUUCUCUGUUUUGUACUCGAGUUGGUGAACUUUGCGGGUAUGUCUUCGAAGUCCUUGUUCCACCUAUCGCUGUGCUGACUUUUCUUAGCGCCCAACUACCUGAACAACCUGGUCACCACGCUCGCAGCCCCGGUCGAGCUCCUCGCGAGCACAAUUGCCGGGCCGUUACUCAACUUGAGCUGUCCCGAGCUGGGCGAGAUCACGCGUGAUGGUGUUCCGCUGUGGGAGUCUCUAGGUGCAGAGUUUCCAGGGGCAAACCGUAGUGGAAGUGCGAUGUGA